UGACAGUCGACUAUUGAUGUCGUCGGUAGAAAAUUGAGUGUUUGACAAGCCAGAAAUCCAACAUAUAUUAUGCCAUGUGCACUCAUAUGAUAGGCACCACACCAGCCAUUAUUUCAGCCGUGUUGUGACUUGUGAGCUCGCUGUAGAAACGAGAGGAGAAAAGAUGAGCGAGCCGGCGCCGGUGAGGCUGCUGGGCUCCUUCGGGAGCCCGUUCACGCACCGCGCGGAGGCGGCGCUAGGGCUGAAGGGGGUGCCCUACGAGUUCAUCCAGGAGGACCUCGGCAGCAAGACCGAGCUGCUGCUCCGGCACAACCCCGUCCACAAGAAGGUGCCGUUGCUCCUCCACGGCGCAGACGACGACGUCCGCACCGUCGCCGAGUCGCUCGUCAUCGUCAAGUACGUGGACGAGGCCUUCGAGGGCCCGCCGCUACUGCCUGUCGACCCGCUCGCCCGCGCCGCCGCCCGCUUCUGGGCGCAGUUCGCCGCCGACAGGUGCUCGAGGACGCUCUUCAAGGCGCUGUGGACGCCGGAGGGCGAGGCACGGAGUGGGUUCGUGGAGGAGGCCAAGGAGAACCUGGCGCUCAUGGAGGCGCAACUGGAGGGGAGGCGGUUCUUCGGAGGCGACUCCAUAGGGCUGCUCGACGUCGCCGCCAGCGGGCUCGCCUGGCUCUCGGUGCUGGAGGAGGUCGCCGGCGUGGAAACUAGCAUGAUCCGCGAGGAGGAUUACCCUGCCUUGUGCCGGUGGCGCGGGGAGUAUGCCUCCGACGAGGUCGUGAAGAAGUGCUUGCCGAGCAGGGACGAGAUGGUCGCCUACUACGCGGCUAUGAAGGACCGCUUCGUGCUCCUUGCCAAGUCAA